CAGACAGAUAGAUAGAUAAACAGACAGACAGACAGACAGAUUUAUUUCCUCUUGAGUAAACGUUGAAUGACAGGAAAUCGUGCCCACAUGAGCAAACAGAGCUUGUCUGACAGCUGGUCACAAGUUUCUCCACGCCCUGGGCGGUGCCAGUUUAAGUUCAAUGACAGAUGACUAGGUAGUGUGAUAAUCUCCGGACACACACGUCCUCAGCGAUGCAUAGCAAUCAGAAAGAGCAUUUAUUCAAAAUCCUUGUCAUCGGUGAUUUGGGAGUAGGGAAGACCAGCAUCAUCAAACGGUAUGUGCAUCAGACGUACUCCACUAACUACAGAGCGACUAUCGGGGUGGAUUUUGCGCUCAAAGUUCUCAACUGGGACUCAGAGACGGUCCGGCUGCAGCUGUGGGACAUCGCAGGUCAGGAGAGGUUCGGGAACAUGACGCGGGUUUAUUACCGGGAGGCCAUGGGGGCGUUCAUUGUUUUUGAUGUUACCAGACCCACCACAUUUGAGGCAGUCUCCAAAUGGAAGGAGGAUCUGGACUCAAAAUUAAUACUUUCAAAUGGCCAGAGUGUCGCCACAGUACUCCUGGCCAAUAAGUGCGACCAAAAUAGAGACUUUCUGACUAACAACGGCCUGAAAAUGGACCAGUACUGCAAGGAGAAUGGAUUUGUGGGCUGGUUUGAGACAUCUGCUAAGGAAAACCUCAACAUUACCGAAGCUUCCAACUUCCUAGUGAAACACAUAAUUGCCAGUGAGAACGAUAUCCUGAAAUCAGUGGUUCCAGAUACCAUCUCUCCUCAGCUCAACUCUGAUAAAGAAAUGACCUGUUCUGCAUGUUUCAAACCUUGAGAGGAGGUGGCAACAAAGUAUGGCAGCAGCAUUGGACUGAAGAGGAUGUAGAUCUAAACAUCAGAAUCCCUCUGAUUCCAGCACUAUGGUCGACCAACGAAAGUCGCAACCACUAGAAAGAUCUGUCUGUUAGUUACACCUGUCUACAGCAUUAAACUACAGACACUUUGAGCUUGCACACAAAGUAAAUGUAUUCAUGUUUGAAGCUGCACCUUAUGUUUUUUGUGAGUGAAUUAAGUGAGUCUUUUUGUGUUCUGUCUAACAAAAACCUGGGGAGUUCUGGACUAGCAUGCUUGACUGCACAAGGUGAGAGAGGAGAACUUAUUUCUGUCAGACAGACAGAUGGCUGAUUAUGCUUUCAGAAACAGGAGUGUUUCAUCAGUAUGUGCACCAUAAUAUAGUUGUUGUUUCUGGUUCUUGUGGACUGUUUUAAUAACCCCAGCGUCAAAUGAAAACGUGCAAAACCCCAUCAAGAUAUUUUCAGAACCGAUUUGCAUCUGCAUUUCAGUCUAAAUUCCUGACUAAACUCACUAAAAAGUUUUAAAGACAUUUUAGUUUUUCUUUCACUUAAAAAAAAAAAAAAAAAAGCAAAUAUAAAUAAUGGCUCUAUGCGCUUCUCCAUAUGUAGUUAUGUCACAGUAAUGAAUCAGGAUUUACUACUUGCUAGUUGGUGGCAGGUGGUAUUUGUGGGAGGUACAUUCUCACUCUAGAGAGCAUUUGAUUGGACAAAAAUCUGUGUAGCGCAGGAUGAGUCAUACAUUUUUUGCUUCAGAUUUCUCAUCAGAGGCAACUGCUCAUUUCAAAAGCUAAAAGUUGGUUUUGUUAAAAUUCACCAUAUUUAUUUUCUAAAUGCAUGGUAUUCAUCUUAUUCUUAACAAUUCAUCCAUGCGUGUUUCAAUGACAUCGUAAUUUUUAUCAAAAUGUCAUAGCACGAUCUUCCGGUGAAACGACAUACUUCUUUCUGGUGAUGUAUGCCAGACUUUUUUCAAUCGUUUACCCAGCUUAAACCCCGCCCCUUUCUUACAAUUGAUUGCACACUUGCAUUCAGAUCUGCCUCCAUCCAAUCAACAACCAAUGGAUAGAACCAAGUCCCCGCCCUACCUUCUUUUUCUUUUUAAAUAAUCUGUUACACUUGGAUAAUAUACAUCACAAUACAGAAAAAAAGAUCUGUCUUCCGUUUUAUCUCAACUUGAAUGUUUAGGAGUUCACUACCAUAUAAGCUGGAAACAUGGACUUAGAGCUUAAAUUUUUUAUAUUUAUGUGGGGUGUUUAGACCAGUUCACUAUGAUAUUCUGUAGUAUGCUUAUUUUACCAUCCUUUAUAUUGACACUGUUAAUGGACUGGCAUGCUAAGAUAAAUACUAUUUUAUGAGAUUUUUAUUGUUUUAAUUUAUGGGAUCUGAACUUGCAUCCUGUAAUACCAUGUCUAGAGUGUUUAUAAUAAAGCUAAAUGUCUAUUAAAUGUUUAGAGUAGCUAUUUCAAACUGUAUCGCCUUAAAUACCCUGGCCCUUCUACUGCCAUCCUUCCAUUUCAUCCCUUUUUCACUCCUUUUUCACUCUCUGCAUCUCACAUUUCCUUUGCAGUGAUUCAGUGUAUGACUCAUUGACAUUAUAUAAAUCUCCCAUGAUUCCCUACAUCACUGUGCUUUAUUCAAAUCCUUUAAUGUGUAUAUUGAUCUACAGCCUUUCCAUAUCCAUCUGCACCUGCUGCAAACACAGUUUUUAUUCUCAGAUAGUAUUUGUCUAUGUGGGAGGUGUUGUAUUAUUAGGGAUUGUAUUGUAUCAUUAAAUAAGUGUUUGUGAGCCAUUUUGUCGAGACGUUGUUAGUUUUUUCAAAGUAUAAAGAAACACUGAAUUAUGAAAGUCUGUUUUGUAAGGUUUUGCAGUAUAAUGUAACAAACAUUUUUUAUGCUAUGUCAAAUAUUCACAUGAAAAAUGUGUGGUAUAAUGUCUGUAGAGUGAAAUAAAAUCUCUUGUUUUGUUGA